AUGGUUGAUUUAAAUCAAGUUGAUAUUGGCCGAUUUGCUAGAUUAUAUGGUGACACUGGUAAUGCUCAACAAAUUGGACAUGGUGGUUUUAGUCAAGUAUUCAAAGUUACCGAAACUACCGGUGCCGGCAUUAAGCAACAGUAUGCUAUUAAACGGAUACCAUUAAAAGUUGGUAUCUGUGUACUGGCCAAACAUGAUAACUGUGCCGACACUGUUACCCGUGAGGUACCGGAGGAACGUCGACUAAAAUAUGAUCAUCGAAGCGAACAGGGAAAACAUAUUACAUUAGAUGAACUGUUAGACAAUCAACAACAACAACAAUCAAUUGCCAGCACCAGUAGUACUAAUAAUAAUAAUUAUUAUUAUAAUAGUAAUGAUUUCAGGGAACUGCACGUAUUAUUGACACUAAAAUCACCCGAAACAGUCAACUACCUGAGCCAUUGGUUUGAAUCGGAACUACUAUACAUUCAAAUGGAAUGGUGUGACGGUAGCUUAAGGGAUCUGAUUGAUACCAAAACGACCAUGUUCAAAUCAUCAUCAAAUUCAAUCAAUAGUACUACUGACUAUUAUUAUCUACUAGACUAUCAUCUAUCAUGGUUGCUAACUAUUGAGACAUUGGGCCUAAUCAAGCACCUGCACCAGUUAAUGCCGGCACCGAUAGCCCAUCGGGAUAUCAAACCUGAAAACAUAAUGUUUGUUAGACAUGUCGAUGAUGAUGGUGUCACCAGUGAUGUUGGUAGUAGUAGUAGGGUUGGUGGUCGGCUACAGUUUAAGAUUGGCGAUUUUGGACUGGCCAAAAUACAGACCGACCUGGGCUCGAUGACCGGCACGUGCGGCGGUGUCGGUACGUUCAAGUAUCAGCCGCAGGAAGUGUUUCACGAGCUGGCCAUUGUAGCCGAUAGCCUACCGGAGCCGCCAACCCAUGGCCAGGCGGCUAUGUAUAGAAAAUAUAAUCCACUUGCGGUCGACAUAUACAGUGCAGCCAUUGUUAUCCAGGACAUAUUUGAUAUCUAUAUUGAUGAAUGGGAACCUGAAAAACCAGGUAAAUCAUUGGGCAAUGAUAUUAUUGGUAUACGAUAUACAAAAUCUAAAGAGGAUAAACUAAUGGAAAUAAUUGAACGAUCGAUGAAUGUUAUCUAUAAUGAGAGACCAAAUAUCCAGGAAAUGUUUGAUAGUAUUAACAAAUUCAAACUUAAUGAUGAUAUUCAAUGA